CUGGAGGGCUGCCUUGAGAGCCAGAAUCCUGCUGGAUCUUAAGCAGGAGGAGCUUGUGCUGCAGCCUCUGAGCCUCUGCCUCCGCGGCGGGAGCACCUGGCUAGCCGAGCCAUCUACCCCCGACACAGCACACCGCCACAGCCACCACGGCCACCACCUGGCCACGAGUCCGCGUCCGGCGACAGCCACACCUUUAGUUCCUUCCUGCCCUAGAUCCUUCCUCCGGGGACUGCUGGGCUUGCACACCUCUGACUGACCUAAACGAUGUUUUCUUCUGUGAAACCAUAUGAAAACCAAAGGUAUGACGUCCUGAAGAAAGAUUGUCUGAAGAGGAAGGUGCUCUUUGAGGACCCUACCUUCCCAGCCAAUGAUGAAUCCCUCUAUUACUCAGGUACCCGGCGGCAAGAUGUCCAGUGGAGACGACCUAAGGACAUCUGUGCGGACCCUCGCCUCUUUGUGAAUGGCAUCAGUUCUCAUGACUUGCAUCAGGGCCAGGUGGGAAACUGCUGGUUUGUGGCUGCCUGCUCAUCUCUGACUACCCGGGAUUCCUUGUGGCAGAAGGUUAUCCCGGACUGGAAGGAGCAGGAAUGGGACCCUGAAGAUCCUGAAAGCUACACGGGCAUUUUCCAUUUCCAUUUUUGGCGCUUUGGAGAAUGGGUUGAUGUAGUCAUUGAUGACCGACUGCCAACGAUCUAUGAUCAGCUCAUCUACUGCCAUUCCAAUGUGAAGAAUGAGUUCUGGUGUGCUCUGAUUGAGAAAGCUUAUGCCAAGCUGUUAGGAUGUUAUGAAGCUUUAAAUGGAGGCAACACCGCAGAUGCCCUGGUGGAUUUCACAGGAGGCAUCUCAGAGCCCAUUGACCUGACCAUCGAGGAUUAUGCCAAUGAUGAAAACUUGCGGAACCAGCUCUUUGAGAGAGUGCUGAAGGUCCACUCUCGUGGGGGCCUCAUCAGUGCAUCUAUUAAGGCGAUGACAGACUCUGACAUGGAGACCCGGCUGGAUUGUGGACUGGUGAGGGGUCACGCGUACGCCAUCACAGAUGUGAGAAAGAUUCGUCUGGGCCAUGGCCUGCUGGCCUUCUUUAAGUCAGAGAAACUAGACAUGAUCCGACUGAGGAAUCCCUGGGGGGAGAAGGAGUGGAAUGGUCCCUGGAGUGACACUUCAGAAGAAUGGCAGAAAGUCAGCAAGAGCGAGAGGGAGAAGUUGGGGGUGACUGUGAAGGAUGAUGGCGAAUUCUGGAUGACAUUUCAAGACCUCUGCCGGAAUUUCACCGACCUCAUCAAGUGUCUUGUCAUCAACACGUCCUACCUGAGCAUCCACAAGACCUGGGAAGAGGCAAAGAUCCGAGGGGAGUGGAAAUUCCAUGAGAGUCCCCUGAAGAACCGCACUGGGGGCUGUACCAACCACAAGGAAACUUUCUUCCAGAACCCCCAGUAUGUAUUCAACGUGAAGAAGCCGGGGGAUGAAGUGCUUAUCUGCCUGCAGCAGAAAACAAAGCGGACCACUCGAAGGCAGGGCAAAGCCGAGAACCUGGCCAUUGGCUUUGACAUCUUCAAGGUAGAGUCGAACCGAAAGUACCGCAUGCAUACUCUCCAGGAGAAGGUAGCGGGCUCCAUCUAUAUCAACUCACGCAGUGUCUUCCUGCGGACACAACAGAAAGAAGGCCGAUACAUCAUCAUCCCCACCACCUUUGAGCCAGGCCAGACAUGUGAAUUCCUCCUCCGGAUCUUCACAGACGUGCGUGCCUCCUGCCAUGAAUUGGUCCUGGAUAUGCCCCGCUAUUGGUGCUGGAACAGAAUAACUGGUUACCCUCGUGUGGUCUCCCAAGUCCAUAUCAUGAAGGCUGAAGGGCUGAAAGAUUCCCCUCCAGCAGGAACUAACUCCUACGUCAUCAUCAAGUGUGAAGGAGAGACCGUCAAAUCAGAUGUGCGUAAGCAUACCAACACCCCAGAGUACGAAAUGAAAGGCAUCUUCUAUCGUAAGAAGCCAGAGAAGCCCAUCCUGAUCCAGAUUUGGAACCAUAAAUGCUUGUCGGAUGAGUUCCUGGGGCAGGUGACCCUGAAGGGGGAUCCAGAUGACCUCCAAACAUCACAUGUCCUGCAUCUACAAGAUAGAGGCAAUGGGAAUUCUAAUGACCUUCCCAGCACCAUCUCCCUCCAGGUCUUCAGCAGCAAUAUCCUUACACACAUCUAGGGUUUCCUCUUAGACCCGGAAAACCCAUGGUCUGGGGGCAUGGUUGAACCUGCUCCCAUGUGGUUCCUGCUUUAUCUUGAAGCCCUUUCUUUAUUUCCCAAGGAUGAAAUCACCAUAUAGAAGAAUUGUGCACGUAUCUCCUGAAAUACAGUGUCUGAUGGUACCAGAGGCCUUCUGGGACCUUAAGCAUCUCUUGGCUUAACAGAGGGGUAUAAGACCCAGGGCACCAUCCAGAGUCACUUGUUUACAUGCCAGUGACCCUUUGAAUUUUGCUCUUAUCCCAGUCCUGUUCUCUGUUAGCCAGUUUCCCCUCACCUCUUUCCUUUCUCCCAUGCACUGCCUUUUCCUCCUCUUGUGUUUUCAGGUACCCACAACCUCACCUUUCCCACCCUCUGUAAUGAUAGUUUGUUCUUCCUUGGGGUCCCUUUUGUUCAGAGAAAGUGGCAACAUCUUUGUGUAGCAGAGAAAGCACUGAACUUGGACAUCAGAAAGACCUGAAUUCAAUUCCUGGCUGCACGAUUCACCAACUGGGUGACCAGUGACACCAGGGAAUGACUCCAUCAAUGUGAAGGUGGCCAGUGGCUGGGUGGGCCUUAGAAGACAUCCUUUGGUUUUUGGCCAGGCCAGAGGUCCCUCCCCCACUCUCUGCCCAUAUUCGGACUUCUUGUCGCUACAUGAGCGACUUGCCAGAAUUGUUCCUUCUUAAUCGCUCUGUUAAUUCAUCUUCACAUCAGAAUUUUUUUGGGGGGGUCAAUUCUAUUAGAUCUUCCUCUAAAAGUGCUGAAGCCAGAAGGUCACUGGGGCCUAUUUUAGAGGUGAAGGGACUUCACACAGGCAGUUGGAUGCAGCCAGGCAUCUUACCAGCUCCCAGUGCCAUAGCUUUUCCCGGAAGUUGAACCAGCUGCCAAAAACUGAAGGGUCCUCAGCUCCCUGGAUCAUCUCAUCCAGAUCAGACUAGCUGUUGUUGCUGAUUCCCUUCCCAAAAGAGGUCAGUCCUCAUCUCAUUAGGCAUUCUGCACAGGUAAAAUCCUCUUCAGUCAGGAUGAUAACUGGCAUCCUUGGGCAAUGGGAUGGGGAAUGUGUCAGAGAGCAGUGUCAGGGCAGCCUCUGCUGUUAGUAAGAGACAGGACUCUGCCACUCCACAAAGCUGAGGUGCAGGGGUAAGGGGUGCACGGAAGGGCAACCCCUCCUCCUAUCCCUCCAAAGCAGAGUGGAUUUCCUUCUGAGAAAAGGCCAAAUCAGCCCAAAAAACCAAAGAAUCUUCCUUCUUGUCCUCUCAGUAUGAGGACCAAAGUGUCUUAAUGGUUUUCUUUCUUACUUCAAUUGUGGUUUUUCUUAUUUUAUAUUUUAGAGUGGAUUAGGAGAAACAGAAGACCCGAUCCCAUCCUUUUUUGUAAACCUCAGUUUCUUUGGGUCUUAUGAAAAUGUGAUUUUAGGUGGAUGGAAUUAGGGAUAGGAUGAGUAGGAAUUUCUCACAAGUAGUAUUUAGAAGUGGAUAAAGGCUGCAUAACGAGAAGGUAGGACUUAUUGGAAAAGACUUUGAUGCUGGAAAAGAUUGAAGGCAAAAGGAAAAAUAGGGACAGAGGAGAUUGAGAUGGAAACAAUGAACGUGAACUUGGACAGAUGUCACGAGAAAGUGAAGGAUGGAAAGUCUUGGUGUGCUGUGGCCGGUGGGGUCACCAAGAGUGGGACACAACUGAACAACUAAAACCAGAGUGUUCUGUAUAACUGUUUAGGGAUUUUACUAUUUUUCUUUUGUAAAGCAACAGCUUUUCUCUCUGGUAUCUUCUGAGCCCUGGACAGUUUAAACAUGUCCAGUCCAAACAUCUAUUUUUCCAGGUGGUCUUUGGGUUGUUAGAAGCACCUAAGCCUACCCAGAGACCCCAAUGACUCAGUCAUGCUUGAACCUUUCAUUUUCAAGAUCAACACCAGGAAGGAAGAUCCUUUAGUUUCACGAGGGUUGAAAGCCAUCACCUUUGUAGUUAGAAAACCAGAAUCUUCAGUGAAGCUUGCAAACCUAGGUCUAGUUAAGGGGUACUUGCUCGGUCAAGCUAUAGCCUCUUCCUUUGCUUUCCUGGGGAUUACGUGAAGAAGGAGAUGAUCUCUCCUUGCAAUUCUUCCUCUAGGACAUUUGUGUGAAAUGUUUUCCUCUAGAACUCUUGCCACUGGGACCAAGGUUAACUGAGCUGAAAAGUAUUCUAGUUCUUGACUACUUAGCUUGGCUUUUCUGAUCCUUCCUAUCCCCGCCAUAUGCCAGUGGGCACCCUCUCUCUUGGUUGUUCAUAUUCAGACAAUCUAAAGUGUCCACGGCCCCAUUUAGGCCUAUAUAUUAAGUAUAAAGAGUGGAAGGAAGGGGGAAAAAAGGUCAGGAGUGGGGUGAGCUGUAACAGAAGAAAAGAAAGCUGUUUUUCAUCUUUAAACUCAGCUCUGGGACCCAUGGUGCUCCAUGUGGGUCUGGAAUUGAGACUCUGUGUGAGUGUGACAACGAACAAGUCAUUUAAACCUUUCUGUGCCUCGUUUUUCCCCAUCUUUGAAAUGGGGCCAAUGAUACUUGUUUGUCAAGUGUUUAAUAAGUGCAGUAUAAAGACAAACAUAGAGGCAGUUGUACACACAUACACAAACUCUGUUUAUGUAUAUUUCCACAAAUAUUCAUAUAUAUAAAUCUAGAGUAUGCUAUAUUCACAUGUGUUAUAUAUAUUUAUACAUACAUAUGUGUGUAUAUAUAUAUAUAUAUGUAUAUAUAUAUACACACAUAUGUAUGUAUAAAUGUCUCAGAGCUGGAGGAACCUUUGAGGCCAUCUCCUGCAGAUAUUUGUCCUAUAGCAUGCCCUAGUAAUGAUCAAUCUACCUCCUCUUGGGGUAGCCCAUUCCAUACCUCUGUUAGGGAGUUUUCCCUACCAUUACACAGAAAUUACCCUCUAUAACUCCACCUAUUCCUCCUAGUUCUUUCCACAAAAUCCAAGCAAAACAAUCCUUAUACCCCUUCCACCUGAAUGCCCAUUAGCUAUUUGAGUGCAGAAGCUGUGCCAUCCCCUCUUCCUUUAAGCUAAAGAUUCUUUAGUCUUUUGAUAGGAUCUCCAGUCCCCCGCUGGACCUCAGUGCCCUUUUUGGGGUAUAUUCCAGCUUGUGAAUUUCCCUCCUAAAAUGCAGUCCUAGAACUGGAUAUAGUAUCCCGGACGGGUCUGGCCAAGGCAAGGGCAGAGGGAUUCUUGUCUUCCUUGCUAGGAUGUGAAGCUUCUUUUGAAUGUAACUCAAGUUCGUGCUAGUUUUAGCGCCUGCUUUAUCACAGAGAUGAUCGUUAUUGAUUUUGGGAUUUGAUAGCAGCUGCCCAGAAAGCAUGCCCUGGAAGAGUUUCCCCUCUCUUCUCUGGGACUUGUGUCCUGUCUGGGUCCUUGCCAGGCUGGCCUCCCUCCCCAUGUCCAUUAUUUCUCAGGCAGACCUCAGCCAUUCUUCACUUCACCCUCCACUGCUUGGCCCUCUUCUCUCUCAUCAGCCUUGCCAAAAAUUCUUGCCACUAGAGCCUCCCCUACAGCCCCUCUAGUUCUGGAACCACAGACACAUCAGCUCUGCCAUUGUUCCUGGAAGGGGUUGUCUGUUAUGUUCUGGACCAAAGUGCCCCCCUCCUCCCCUUUUUCCCGCUCUGUGUUUGCUGUUUCUCCCUAUUAGAAUAGAAGCUUCUUGAGGGCAGUGAUUGCUUUUGUAUUUGUAUCUUUAGUGCUUAGCACAGUGCUUGGCACCUAGUGCAAGCUUAAUAAAUACUUUUUCUUC